AUGCCGCCUCCGCCGGCGAAGGGCGCGGCUCGGGAUCGGGCCGGGAAACGCACGCCGGGAGCCGGGCCCGGUGAGAAACGCACGCGAGGCAAGCCCCCGAUGGAGCCCCCUCGGCCGGGCUGGGCCCUGACGCUGCAAGGGCUGGCGAGCUUGCCCCCCACGCAGCGCCGCCGCCACCUGCUGUUUGGCGACCUGCUUGAGGACGUGGGCGCGGCCGCCUCCAUUUUCCCCAGCGGGUUGGUGGAGGUGCCGUACCGCAUGCCAGACCCCGGCAUCUGGACGCAGUCACGCGAACUGCCGGCAGAACGCCAGAACCGACUGCUGGGAGUCCUCAGGGCAGCUGAGGCCCGCGGCCGAGUCCGCGCCCUGCGGCUGCGCUACACUCGCAUGCGGGCAGAGGAAAUCGCGCUCCUGAUCCAGCGUCAGGACUCCGCGCGCGCCGCCAUGCGACUCGAGCUGUUCCUGCCACCACAGCUGAAGCCCACGCGGAUCCCAGACCCUCUGAACCGGCAAGAGCGGAGGCGCGUGGAGACCAUCCUGGAAGAGGCCGUGGAUGACAGAAUCUUCCCGCGAUGACAGCGACAUAGGCGUGCGGCUGUGCCCCACCCUAACAUAUAAAGUUCUUUUUCCAGGGCUCUUUGGUCUUCCCUGUCAUUCUUCCCUACGCCCCAGAAGG